UUGUACAGAUAAUGAUGAAUGUGCUCAAGGCAGCACAAACAACUGCGACAGUAAUGCCAUGUGUAUGAACACCGAAGGAUCAUUCUCGUGUAAUUGUAAUCCAGGCUACACCGGAAAUGGUACACUAUGUCAACCGACAACAACAACAGCCCCGACGUCAACAACGCCAGCACCUGUGCCGACGACACCACAGCUGUGUCCAAGAAGUGACAUCAGUAGCUCAAGCAAAGAGAUACGUGAGGGAAGGAAGUGCGCAGAAGUGAAGCGCGGUCGUGUCAAAUGCAAGAAAGGAGUCUGUGAGGACGAUACAUCGUGUAUAUGUGACCCACCAAAGAAGGACAAAAGUAAAUGCUAUUGUAGAUUAACGACACCCCCUGCAACGAUAACAACGACAGCAGCGCCACUGCAAUGUCCAAGAAGUGAUAGGAGUAGCUCAAGCAAAGAGAUACGUGAGGGAAGGAAGUGUGCAGAAGUGAGAGGCGGUCGUGCCAAAUGCAAGAAAGGAGCUUGUGAGGACGGUACAUCGUGUAUGUGUGACCCACAAAUGGGAGACAAAAGCAAAUGCUAUUGUAGGUCAUUGGAACCCGAAUUGGAAAGAAUUAGCGAAUGGCGCAGGAGAGGAAGAUGGGGGAAUUCAAAUCGGAGAGGAAGAUGGGGGAAUUCAAAUCGGAGAGGAAGAUGGAGAAGUUCAAAUCGCAGAGGAAGAUGGAGAAAUUCAAAUCGGAGCAGGGGAUAGAACAUGAGCUAAAAGGCAGGACACGUGAAAACACGAACGUUAGGAAGUUAGAACAUUUUUGAAACCGAAUAAAGCAACAUUAACAAUCGAUUUAAGUGUGCAAAAAUAAUAUUAGAAUAAAAUUUAGAACUGC